GUGACUUGAAUGCAUGUCAACUGGUUCACUCGAUGCUUGAUGAUCAGAUCAGGAUAGUAUCGUAUGGGUCGCUCCUACCCUCCGCCAGGUCGCGCCAACGUGGCUUCUUCCUUCCGCAAAGAGAAUUGACUCGUUGCCAUGUACUGAAGGAGUUCAUUCCAAUUUCCCGUCCCUAAAAUCCCAAGCGAAUUUCACUCAAUUCCAAUCUUGUCCGCUUUUCCUUCUUCGUGACUCACGGACGCCUCUCUGAUCUUUGUUCGAUCUCCUUUCUCUGCCUGUCUCUGUGCGACUGUAUUGCGCGUCUAUGGAGGAGAAGCGGACGACGUCGAACGAUGACGGCGGCGCGGACGAUAGCAAUGUUGAGCCAGUGGAGCUUGUUCUCUUUCAAGUUGCUGAAUGUUACGUUUAUUUGAUACCCCCAAGGAAAAGUGCAGCUUCCUACAGGGCGGACGAAUGGAAUGUCAACAAAUGGGCAUGGGAAGGGACAUUAAAAGUUAUUAGCAAGGGUGAAGAGUGUAUCAUCAGACUUGAAGACAAGACCACUGGCGAAUUAUAUGCUCGGGCUUUCUUGAGGAAUGGAGAGCCGCAUCCUGUGGAGACUGUAAUUGAUAGCAGCAGAUACUUUGUUCUUCGCAUAGAAGAGAAUAUUGAUGGUCGUCUUCGGCAUGCUUUUAUUGGCAUAGGUUUUCGAGAAAGAUCAGAAGCCUAUGACUUUCAGGCUGCCCUGCAUGACCAUAUGAAAUAUCUGAACAAAAAGAAAACUGCUGAAGAGAUGGAGCAGCAUUACCAAAGCACGUCGUCUACUGAUUACAGUUUAAAGGAAGGGGAGACACUAGUGCUUCAAAUAAAGAAUAAAGGUGGUGGUGGUGUGAGAUCCAAGUUUUUUGAGCAGGGUCUGAACAAUCUCUCAUUGGAAGAAAAGGGUAACAAAAAAGACUUGGGAAUUUGUAUAAAACCGCCACCGCCUCCACCAUCUCCUCUUUCCCCUGCUGCUACUGCUCCGAAUUCUGCUCCAAACUGGUCACCAAAAUUCAGCCUGGAGGGAACUUCAGACAAAGAGGCCCCAACCACAACAAAGGAAAAAUCAGAACGGAAUUCUCAAGAAAAUCAAAAUUCGCAAGAUAUAACAGAUGAAGACUUUGGGGAUUUUCAAACAGCUGGCUAAUUUUGUUUAUGAGAUUGUUCUGUAAAAUUAAAAGUACUCAAAUUCCUCAAAUUGUCUUAUAUCUUUACUGGGUUUGGUGUGAUAUGAUUUGGGUUCCAUAACUUCAAAUUACCCACUAUGGUAAAUAUAUACAAUGGUAUUGGCCUCUGCAA